CGGCCGUACACCAGACUCCAUCGGAAAUGCGCCGAGGGGACUUUUGUUUAAUUUAUUCCCGUUAUGGCGGAGCACGCAGAGGCAGAAGGCAUUGGCCUGGCAGCUAACAGCAUGGCUCAGCAGCCAGCACUCCGGUUUCCUGCCGCUGCCCCUCCACCCGCCAACCCCUCCACCCGCAGGCAGCCUUUACUGAGCACCCCCGUGCCUCCCUUUCCUAUGAUGAGGGGUCCUCCACCUCCUGCCCGGCCGCCCUUCGGACGAAUUCCCUUUGACCCCAGUGUACCCCCUCCCAUGGGUGCCCCACCUUUACAGAGACCCCCGUUUAUGCCUCCACCUGGAGGAUCCAUGCAACCUCCACCUGGCAUGAUUUUCCCUCCAGGAAUACCACCUACAGCCUCUCCUGCUCCUCCUUCCCUAACCUCUACAGAAGAGAUCUGGGUGGAGAAUAAGAGCCCUGAGGGCAAGGUGUAUUAUUACAAUGCACGUACAAGGGAGUCAUCCUGGACGAAGCCUGAAGGAGUGAAGGUGAUCCAGCAGGCUGAGCUGGGUCCGAUGAUGCUGAACCAGGUGGCGGCGGCAGCAGCCAGUGGAGGUUCCAGCGGGCCUGGUCCAUCUGUCAGCAUCCCAGCUGCAGCCAACAGCACUACAACCACACACACCUCCCAGAGCCCCUCCACGGUCAUGAGCUCCACCUCCUCUCCCAGCAUCACAGCAGCCUCACCUCUCCUCCCAACACCUGUGUCAGCCCAUGAUGUCAGGGAGAUGCCGUCAGUUGUAACCACGGCCCCAAGUGCAAUGUGCAAAGAGCAACCCUAGUAGGAUGUGUAUAAUCCUACGGUUGUUGUGGUGGUGAUUACUGGAGGACCACCUCUUCUGGUUGUUAGCCAUACUAUGCCACAGCCCGCUGCUCCAAUGCCAGGAUUCCCUUCUGUCAUGGUGCCACCCUUCAGAGUGCCCCUGCCUGGCAUGCCCAUUCCGCUGCCCGGUAUGCUCCCUGGCAUGGCCCCACCUUUAGUACCCAUGAUGCCUCAUCAGAUGGCAAUGGCUGGGCCCUCAGGACUGCCCGGUGCUCUGAGUACAUCUGACUGGACUGAGUUUAAAACCCCAGAGGGAAAGUCCUACUACUACAAUAAACACACACAGGAGACCACCUGGGACAAACCAGAAGAACUCAAAGAGACAGAAAAAGAGAAUGAGAAGAUCAAGGAUGCAGCUCUUGACAUGAUUGAUGCUGAAAUCAUGGAAAUGGAAGAUGGAAGCCCAAAAAUCGAUCCACCAAAAGAGAAGAAAGAGGAGCUGAAAGAGGAGGAGAUGACAGAGGAACAGAAGGCAGCGAAAAAGGCAAAGCCUGUUGCAACCACACCUAUUCCUGGCACACCAUGGUGUGUGGUGUGGACGGGUGACGAGCGAGUGUUCUUUUACAACCCAACCACGCGUCUGUCCAUGUGGGAGCGGCCGGAGGAGCUGGUGGGACGGGUUGAUGUUGAUAAAGCGCUCCAGGAACCUCCCCACAAAAGAGGCCUGGACAACGGCAACAAACUGGUGCUAGCAAAAGAGGAGCAGGAGUUUGCUGUAGCAGAAGACACACCUGAAGAUGAACCCAGCAAGGCCAAGAGACGAAAGAUAGAGGAGAAGGAGGCUGACACAGAGAAAGAGGCAGCUAUGGAGGCAGAGCUGAAGGCAGCACGUGAGAGAGCCGUGGUUCCUCAGGAAGCUCGGAUGAAUCAGUUUAAAGACAUGCUGCUUGAGCGAGGGGUCUCUGCAUUCUCUACCUGGGAGAAGGAGCUUCAUAAGAUUGUAUUUGAUCCACGUUAUCUGCUGCUCAAUCCCAAAGAGAGAAAACAGGUGUUCGAUCAGUAUGUGAAGACACGUGCUGAGGAGGAGAGGAAGGAGAAAAAGAAUAAAAUCAUGCAGGUCAAAGAUGACUUCAGGAAAAUGAUGGAGGAAGCUAAACUGGGUGUCAGAACAACAUUCAGUGAGUUUGCUGCCAAACACGCCAAGGAUUCACGCUUUAAGGCUGUUGAAAAGAUGAAAGACAGAGAAGCCAUUUUUAAUGAAUACAUGACGGCCUUCAAAAAGAAGGAGAAAGAGAACUCGAAGAAUCGUGGAGAAAAGGUCAAGCAAGACUUUUUUGAGCUCCUGUCAGAUUAUCAUGUUGAUGGUCAGCAGCGCUGGAGCAAAGUGAAGGAAAAGAUGGAGACUGACCCUCGCUACAAGGCUGUGGAAACUUCUGCAGCUCGAGAAGAACUAUUUAAGAACUAUGUGGAGCGUCUUGCCAAGAAUUCAAACUCUGAGAAAGAGAAGGAGCUAGAGAAACAGGCCCGCAUAGAGGCCAGUCUAAGGGAAAGAGAGCGCAUGGUGCAGAGAUUUCGCUCGGAGCAGAGCAAAGAGAUUGACCGUGAGAGAGAACAGCACAAGAGGGAGGAGGCGGUCCAGAAUUUUAAAGCGCUCAUGUCUGAUAUGGUAAAGUCAUCUGAUGCAAACUGGUCAGAGACACGUCGGACCCUGAGGAAGGAUCACCGCUGGGAGUCAUCCUCACUGCUGGAGAGAGAUGAGAAAGAGAGGCUCUUUAACGAGCACAUCGAGGCCCUCGCAAAGAAGAAAAAGGAGCAAUUUCGCCAACUUCUGGAUGAGACGACCUCGAUCAAUCUGAUGACAUCUUGGAAGGAAGUGAAGAAGCUCAUUAAAGAAGAUCCAAGAUGCAUCAAGUUUUCCAGCAGUGACAGAAAAAGACAGAGGGAGUUUGGUGAUUACAUCAAAGACAAGUACAUUUUAGCCAAAGCAGACUUCCGAACUCUUCUGAAAGAGACCAAGUUCAUCACCUACAAAUCACGUAAGUUGAUGCAGGAAUCAGAGCAGCACUUGUCGGACAUAGAGACGAUCUUGCAAAAGGAUAAAAGGUACCUGGUUCUGGACUGUGUGUCAGAAGAGAGGCACAAACUCCUCAUGGCAUAUGUUGAGGAGCUGGACCGCAGGGGACCACCUCCACCUCCCACUGCCUUUGAACCUGCUCGACGCUCCACUAAAUGAUAACACACCUCCCAGAUAUUUUUUCCACUCCUUGAGCCCACACUAACACCGUUCACAUUAUAGAUGUGCAGAAAUGGUAAAUCACUCCAGCUCAAACAUUUUACUUGACAAACCUUUCAAAGUGAAUGGUUCAUGCCACAGAGAGCAUAAUGGGUUAGUGACCAAUUAAUUCAGCUAAGCAUAAGACACGGAAGAAGUAUUUGGACCAACUGGAAGGGUUUUUUUUUAUGAUGCAUUUCUACGUCAUUUCAACAAGAAGCCAGUGUUUACAUGUUCUUACACAAACUCUUUAUCCGUCCAUUCAAGGGUUAAAGCCACAUUAGAUGCUCAAUGGUGAUUGUAGAGAGUUCGUCAUGUGUUUAGGUAAUUGUCCUGAACAUCAUUGGAGGUAUGACCACCUGGUGCCUGCUGACCUUUUUUUCCAGCUCUAGCCUCUGCAAUCUCAAAUUGCGAACAUCAAUUCCGUUUCACAUGUCCCAUCUUUUGCUCCAAACUGUGAUUUGCUGAAAUUGGGAGAACCUCCCAGUUUUGUGACCAUUUUUGGUGACUUUAGUCACCUACAGGGAUAUUCAAGAAUUAUGAAAGCCUCUCUGUGUAUAUGUAAUUUUAACCAACUGUUGGGUUAACAUGUAAAAAUUUUCUAGAUGAUGAAUAUAUAUGGAUAUGUAUUCAUUAGUUUGUUUACAGUGUGUUACAACUGACCGUAUGAGCAUUGGCAGUUGGCCAUGUCAGCUGGUCUUACGGUUUAAUUUAAUUGUCCAGAUGUUUCUUAAAAAAAGAUCUUGUUUUUUGCUUCAUGUACAGUUGAAGUUUAAUAAAAGCAACCAUUUCUUUUUUUU